CGCUAGCUCGCCUCCAAGUAACACCUCACCCCUCCUGUCCACCCUUCCUGCCCACCCUCACCCGCCUAGCUGUCCUGAAGUGCCGCCCCUCGCGUGAACUCAAGAAGGACCUUUACAGAGCUUCCCUGCGCCGUGUUGAGGACUUUUACCUGGUGUUUGUGGUGUUGAAGUGGUGUUGAUUGUCAAGAUGGUGAUGAUGAGUGGAGUGAACGCAGCUAAAAGCCUGGUGGUGGCGUCCGUGCUGGCUGGUCUGGUGUCCCUGGCGGCGGCGGACUCCUCUCCCUCUGACUACGAGUUGCCCUCCAACGCCACGGUCAUCAACGGAGGCCCUAUCGUGACCGGCUUCAGCUGUGACGGGCUGGCCUACGGUUACUACGCCGACGUGAACAACGCGUGCCGGGUGUUCCACGUGUGCUACCCUUACCUGGACGCCGAGCAGUUCCUCAGGACGCGCAUGUUCUCUUUUAUCUGCGGCCUGGGAUCCGUGUUUAACCAGGAGGCCCUAGUGUGCGACCACGCGGAGCACUCCAUCCCCUGCGAGGACUCCCCGAAUUUCUACGACUCCUCCAACGGCUACUUCGGCCAGACGGAGGUGAACUUUAGGGAGUAGAGGAGGAGCGAGGAAGAAGAGGAGGAGGAGGAGGAGGAGGAACGAGAACGAGCAAAGAAGAGGAGGAGGAGGGAAGAAGAUGUGGACGAAUGGAUGAUCAGGAGAGGAGGAGGAAGAAGAGGAGGGUAUUAACGAAGAGGAGGAUAUUGGGAGUGAAUGGAGGAGGAGGAGGAGAAAGUGAAAGAUGAGUAAGAAGGAAAGAAUGAAAGAAAGAACAGGAGAAAAGGUUGAAGAAGAAGAAGGAGAAGAGCAAAGAAUAGGAGGAGAAGGAGGAAAGAAGAUACGGAUGAAAGGAAGAGCUGAAGAAGAAGAAGAAGAGGAGAAGGAAGAAGAGAAAGAUGAAGAGGAGAAUAGAAAAAAGAACUAAAAACGAAGAAAGAGAAGGAGACAUAAGAAGAUGAAGAAGAGGAGAAUGCAAGAAAGAAUGAAAGGAAUAAAAAGGAAGAUGAAUGUUAAGAAUGAGUGAAUGAGAGAGAGAGAGAAAGGGAUGAACGUCGUAAAAGAUAGAGUAAAGAAAGAAUAAGUGCAAUAAAUUAUGAUAAAAAAGGGAAAGAGACGGUUGAUGAAUAUAAAGGAGGAGGAAUAAACAGAAAACCAGAAAACCACUAAAGAAAAGGGUAACCGAAGAAAAAACGAAUCAAAGAAAACAAGAUAAAGAAAACAAAAACACGAGAAGAAAAAGAAGAAAAGGAAGAUAGAAGAAUAUAAAAGAAAAGAGAAAAAAUUGCAGAGGGUAAAAAAAAAACAUUCAAAGGGAAACUGAAAUAAAAAAGAAAGGAAAAGAGGAAGAAAGGAAGAUAAGAAAUGAGAAAAAGUGAGAUAAAUGCAGGUAAUUAGAGAGAACAGGUAGAUAAUUACACAAGCCGGUGAUGAGAUGUUGCCAAUAGGUUAAUUAAGAAACACACACACACACACACACACACACACACACACACACACAAGCUUUUACCCUUCUCCACACACAUGCGCACACAGACACACACACACACACACACACAGAAGCUACCUACAUACACUUUCCAAACACACACACACACACACACACACACACACACACACACACACACACACACACACACACACACACACACA